AAACAAUGUGUUUCAUUUUGAUUAUUAUACUUCUGUUGAUAUAUGUAAUAGUACAUUUGCUUCGACAUCACAAACAGCAGAUUUUAAAACCACUGUUCAAAUAAUUAAGGCUGUGAGCGGGACUAGGCCAAAACUAAGCAGAGCAAUGCCUGUAAGAGAAGAUGGUACAGUUGAAAAACCACCUGAAGAAAAAAGUUUUUUACAGAAAUAUUG